AUGGUGUUCUCUUCAUUGAUUAGAUUUGCCAAGUUCUCAACUAGGGCCCCACCCGAAGCAUCUACAAGGCUUAGAUACUCACGGCAUCAUUCGUAUAAGAAGCCCUUUUUUUCUUCGUCAGAUCCGUAUAUAAACACAAGCUACUAUUAUCAAGCUUUACAACCAAACGAUGAUUUUGCAAGUAGAACCAGGUGGUGGUCACAGGAUAACCGUCAGUCAACUGAACACUCUGGAUCAUUUUUGAGGAUUGCCGAUGGUCACUAUGGCCUCUAUUAUUCUAUGUACAACCAUGAAUCCGAAAGGCGGGAGAGGCAGCUCGAGUACAAGUGCUACAUCCGGCGAUACUUGGCAACCCAAUUUAAAGAAGGUGAUAGAACCAAAUUCAAACAAUGUAUGUUUAUGAAAGCAUACAACAGCAACCACUCAAACCACUCAAACCACUCACACUAUCAUCAAUAUAAGCAGGGGUACCGAAAUAGGUACAGAUACAGCAGAGACCAUUCUAGAAGUCGAAGAAAUUUCCACAAAAAAUUCCUUCUGUUCAAGUUAUUCGUGAUUGGAUUUACUGCCAAAUUUAUCAUAUCUAGAGCUCUUCGCGAUACCCAAGUUCACAUUGACAAUUUGAAACAUCUAAUUUCAAGAUUGUCUUGCACUGCAUUCCUCAAACCAACAUCAUAUUUGCUCCACUCUUCUACUACUUCGCCAUUACCGCCAACAUCAACACCAACAUCAAAAUCAAAGCCAACGCCGAACUCAAAUGACUUUAUUUCCACUUUACCCAUUACUAGACCCAUUCUGUUAUCGGGUUCUGUUUCUGCCAAUGUUUUUGCAAUUGGGCUAGCCAAACGUGCGUUUACAACUGCACCAACUUAUCACAAGCAACAAGUUCGUGCACCUCGCGCUACAGUGGAUCAAAAGGAUACGAAUGAAGAAGGCAAGAUUAACAACAAGAUUCUCGAUGAUAAUGAUGCAAAUGAUACAAGUAAUGUAAAGAAAGUGUCCGAUGCAGAUGAAACUGACCAUUAUAAUGAGUUCAACGACCACUUUUUAACGACGCAAACUAGAUUAUUACGAAAUGCUUAUGAACAGUAUUCUUCUCCUCAAGACCUUGAUGUCAUAUAUCCGAUAUAUCAAUCAAUAAAGAGGAACGGACUCACACUUCCCGAAGUUGAUUUGUAUAAUAUUGUUUUGAGAUCCAUUGCCAAUAGAAAGCUCGAUUCAGAGUUGGAAAUCACGGCUAUUGAGAACAAGCUCACAAAUUUGCUUACUGUAUAUCAAGAUCUUCUUUGUGUGGCAGGUUUAAAACCAUCUUUGGAAACUUAUACUAUAGUUGUUACAUCUUUACUUGAUGCCAGUUUAGCCUGUGAUAACUUGCCAUUCAAAAACUCUGCUCAAUUAGCAGAUGCCCGUAUGAAAGCUAAAGAGUUCACUCAUAUUUGUUUUGAGAUAUUGCACUCUGUUCACAGUCAAAUCGAUUUGAAGCCGAUUUUACCCAAGGCAACUAAAUUGAUGAAAUUAUAUCCAGAGUUGGUUAGUAAGGACAUUCUUGUUAUGUUUGUUCCGAUUCUCCAAACUCCGGAAAAAUUAAAUACAUCUUCUCAGCUAUGCGCGUUGCAAAUGAUUCAGUACUUUAAACAAUUUGAUGUAAUCACAAAUAGUGAGGAUACUUAUUUGUUAAUUGAAAAAGUAUAUGCCGAAAUUUGCAAGAACGAGCAUAUUGAUGUGUUCCAAGUGUAUUCAGCAAUGAUGAAGUGUUUAAUGUUGAAUGAUUUUACCAAUCCAGCAAGCCAACUUCUCGAUAAUAUACUCAUUGAUUAUAAAGAAUCCUUAAAGUUUAGAAAUAGACCACAAAAGGCAGAGGUUGGCAAUCUAAUUGCUGAUUUUCUUGAAGUUUACGCGCUCAGAUUUGGUAUAUUGAAGGCUUACAAUCUUAUGCAGAAAUUCUCAUCAGUAGGAUACUUACCUGAACUACCAAUUUCUUUUUACAACAAGUUCAUUAUUGAAUUGAGUACCAGCGAAGACCAAUUUGAGCAAAUGUGGCAAUUGUAUGAUAAGGUUGCAGUUAGGAAAGAUUUCCAGUCCACUUCAUCGCUUGAUUUAAUGAGAAGUACCGAUAUUUCGUGUAGGGACCAGCUUUUGGCACUUUCAUUGCAAAAAGGUGAUCAUGAUCGAGUCUUUCAAUUGAUAAAGGAGAUUUUACUUAAAAAUCACUUGAUAGGCCACAACCAUGUUCUCAAGAUGUUACUUAGCUACUUGAGUAAUGGGGUUGUUCUUAACAAAGCAGAGGGAGAGUAUUUCAACCAGCAUUAUUUUGGCUUGCUUUGUCAAGUGUUGGAGUCACAGACCUGUCAUUAUGAAGGUUCGCCUUAUUUGAAUGACUUUCUCUCGGAAAUUGUUCCAUACUUGAUGGUAACAGUACCUCCAGAGUUGUGUAACAGUCCUAUGGCUGCAGCUAGUGUGACGAAUUACAACAUUGUCAAUUUUAUGAGAUCCAACUUGGUCAAAAAAUCCAUUGAGCAAUUUGACAUGCAACGGGAUAAUUUGUACGGCUUGGUGGUGAUUGGUCGUCAGUUGGCGUGCUAUACCGGUUCAGAUCAAGACAUUUUAAAAUCCAUUGCCCAAUUUGAAGCCAAGUUAAUUUCGCAGUUUGAAGACACAGAAAACCAUUACAUUGAGUUAACAGCGGAAGUACGCGAGUACAAGAAUGUUUUGCGUACUCAUUUUACUGCAUUAGUCAAGUCUUUGGGAGUUGUUGAUCAAAAUGUUGAGCAAGCUUGGAAAUUGAUACAUGACGAUUCAGAAAAUUUAAUUUUGGAUAAUAGCAUUAGCGAUUACACAGAAGCUGUAUCAGCUACAAAUGUCAAUAUUGAUUUGUCAGAAAUGUUGAAUGUGAAUUACAAAAAAGGUUUAAAACAAUUUGCUUUCGACUUUGGUCAAGGAGCUACAUUUCUGGCCGCGACAUGGAGUAUUGUUCUCAAUCAAAACUUUGUUUCCAAUGAAUUAACCAAAAUGGAUUGUUUGCAGGUUCUAGACCGAAUUUGGCAGUCUAGCUUUAAUCGGGAUGACAAGUGCAACUUGAUUGCUAGAAUCAUUUCCUUUGAUGUCCGCGAAAUAAAUGAACAUAUAUUCAAUUUCAUAAAUCAAAACUCUAUAUUUGAGUCCAAUGUUUUGAAACUGCUAUUUGAGUCAUUUAGACGUGUUGGAACCUCAAGAGUGAUGAAACUUGAUAUCAAGUUAGCAUCAAGUGGGAAUCCUGAUACAAAGUGGAUAGAAGCAUACUUUGCAUAUUUAAAAAGUACGAAUGAUUUGAAUUCAAUCACAGAAGCAAAAGAGUUGCCGCUUGAAUUGAGUCAAGAGAUUAAAUUGUUGAUUCUUGAAGCUGAAGCGGAAAGCGAAUCCGCAAAUUUUGGGCAAACGUUGGUGGAAUUGGGUUUGGACUCAAAAUCUCCCAAUGACGCACGAGUGGCCGUUUGGAUGAUUAAAAACGAUCUUUAUAACAAUGUGGAUCUCAGCACAGUUGUUUCUCGUUUUCUGCUUGCAGAUGUACAACUGGUUGAACUCACUGAGAUUAAGUCCUACGUCAAUUUUUUGCAAUCGUUACAAAAAGGUUAUAGUUACAAACACAAUGCAGGAGCAUCUAUCGUGUCAUUGAAUCAUUUAGCCAGCACAUUACUUAGCACUGGUGAUUUGGUGACAAUGAAACAAAUGAUUGAAAAGUUGUCACAUCAAGAGUCAAUACAACUAACAACAUUGAUGUUGGAUAUGUUGAUCAGUGCGAAAUCAAAGCAUCAUGCAACAAGUCCCUCUGUUUUAAACAAGCUUAUGCAGUUUGUCAAGUUUUACAAGUGUUUGGAGAUAUCAAACUUGCCCUUGACGAAUUUUCUUCAAAUAGUACAAAUUUUGAAACUUACAAAAUCUGAGUUGUUGAAUGUUUUGGCAACCAGAUUAUUUGGUGGGAGAGCAAACGAGAAUAAUGAGAGACGUGUUGCCGAUAUAAUUAAUUUUUAUUUCUUGGAGGUUAGACUUUUUGAUCAGGAAUCUAAACAAAGAGUCAGUAGAGAAUUGGGUAAUUAUGUGGUUUAA